AGAGGGCGGCGGGGAGGAGGCUCGGCGGCCCUGAGGGCGGAGGAGGCCGAGCAGUCCCAGCCCAGAACUUCAAAACAGCCGGCGCCUCACCCCGCGCACAACCCGUCACUGCGUCCGGACGCCUGCACCCGGUUGGAUUUGUCUCUUCCAUCUUCUCUGGCUCCUCAUCCCUCUCUGGACUUCGAAGUUGCCCCCUCGGCUUUCCCUGCCCUGUGAACAUGUUGGUGAUUCUGGCCUUCAUCAUCGUCUUCCACAUCGUCUCUGCGGCGCUGUUGUUCAUUUCCACCAUUGACAAUGCCUGGUGGGUGGGAGAAGGCUUCUCAGCUGACCUCUGGAGAGUGUGCACCAACAGCACCAACUGCACAGAGAUCAACGACCUGAGCGGCACUGACAUCUUUGAAGAUUACUCCAUCAUGCAGGCGGUGCAGGCCACCAUGAUCCUCUCCACCAUCCUCUGCUGCUCCUCCUUUCUCAUCUUCCUGCUCCAGCUCUUCCGCCUCAAGCAGGGAGAGAGGUUCGUCCUGACCGCCAUCAUUCAGCUCUUGUCAUGUCUGUGUGCCAUGAUCGGGGCUUCCAUUUACACGGACCGGCGCCAAGACCUUCACCAACGGAACUACAAAAUCUAUUACCUACUGCAAGAUGGCAGCUAUGGCUACUCUUUCAUUCUAGCCUGGGUGUCUUUUGCCUUCACUUUGAUCAGUGGCCUCAUGUACAUGAUUCUGAGGAAGCGCAAAUAGGUUUCAGGAGCCCAGCCACUCUCCCCACAGUAUGGCAUCCACGUUCACAUAACCAUUUUGUAUAUAAUCAUUUUUUUGUGUGGUUUUCCUAGCAAACGUAUUGUUUCCUUUAAAAGCGUAUGUAUGUAUGUAUGUAUGUAUACAUACAUACAUACAUACAUACAUACAUACAUACAUACAUACAUGUAUAUAUAUAGACAGAAAGAGACAGAGACAGAAGAAGAAAGAGGAGUUUCUGCAUUCUUGGGAUCAGAGACCAGAUCAUGAAGGCUGGCAUUCAGGAUGUCUGCCCACAGAAGUCUCAGCAAGGCCCAACAAGAUCCAGCAAUGUGGAAACCACAGGAUGCUUUUCAACAGCGGAUCUGGGGUGGGGUAUGGCCAAAGAAGGGGAAAGCCUGUCUUAGGGGGUAGAGUCUUUGUAGAUUUCUGCCCUGCCCUCUUCCCCUGCCCACUCCACUCUGGCAGCUGCAGGUGGGAUAAUGAGGGGUCCAAAUGAGGGCCAUCUAUCCUCAGAUAUUAACUCUAAGUUGGUGUAAGAAGCCAGCAAAGACUAGCCCUGGUUUGUCUGUCAGGGACUCAGAGUUCCCCAACCCCGCUGCAGUGAGUUAGGUCAUCACACAAAUUUGCUGAUGUCUGCUCAUGUUUUCCUUAAGGAUAGUGACCGCUGACCUAGCUGUCAUGUUUAGGCACCGAGUCUCCACAGGUAAUUCCUUAGGGCAUCUGUUACAUUCGGACUCUCAAGUCCCCUUACAUGACCCUCAAAAUCCUUCAUCAAAGGAGUGGGCUUGGGUAUCUGAAUUUCUGAUGAGCUCACUGCAAAAUGCUUAGAUGCGCUAAAAUUGGGUCAGAGUCCUAGAGCCAGGGGAGCAGAGCCACCCUGUAAAAGUUCACAGUCUCAUCACAUUGAGAUGACCCCACUGCCAGUCACAUCUUGGCUUCUUGGCAGCUCUUGCUACCUCUUCCAUGGCUAUUCAUAUCUGGGCCACUUGUGCCCCACUCCCAGGCCAUAAGCUUAUACCUGGGAGGUAGGCUAGGCACCCCUUCCCUGUCCUGCCUUGUAAGGUCUCUCCUUUUUCUUGCUGCCCUUCUUUCUAAUGUGGGUGCUUCUUUUAGGCCCCUGUUACUAGAGCCUCAGGAGAUCUAUCUUCCAUUCAUUCAUCCACCAGUCAUUCAACAUGAAUGAGUCUUGCAACAUGUCAGGUGCAAGGGAUACCUUUCAAAACAGUUCCUUGUGGGACUCAGAGUCUAGUGAAGAACACACACCAGAAACCAAUUAGAAAAACUGCCAGCCUUGAUAGAGCAGCAGGAAUCCCACCAGAGAUUCAAUACCUCCUAGGGUGAGAGGGAGCCCACUUUCAUCAUGCCUGCUUUUAAGUGCCUUAGUGUAUCUAGACUGCUCUAAACAGAGUUCCAUUCAGCUCCAGCAGAUGCCAUUCAUCGGGCAGUGCCCUCUGGGUUCUACCAGAGAAUACUUCAGAGCCAUGGCUCUUAAGAUGGGCAUUGAAGGCUGCACUCCAGUCAGUUCCAAGGAUAGCACUGGAGGAGUGAUGUGCCAGACCUAAGACUCAGGAACUCUGUGAUGGCCACCUCUUCCCUGUGGUAUCCUUUCCUUUCCCAUAAUUGAGCAUCAAGUUAUGGUGGUGACUGUGGGACAGGGUUGUAUAUUUGUGUUGUUUAAAUAUUUAUAUGUGAGGGGAGAGGUCACUUGCCACCAGCUCAGUCCCAGUGGAGCUGGGGAUGCUGGGUCUCAGUGGCUUUAGGACCACCGAUGACAUAUCCUCAGUACAUGACUGGCUUCCCUAUUUCUCUUCCUUUCCUUCCUUCCCUUGGAAGGACUGCCGAGGUGACAUGUGCCAAAGCUAGGACAAAUGACCAUGUCUUGCCUCGAUGGAGACUGUCCCAUAGUUCACUGUUGGCUAGAUCAUAGGGUUGUUUCAGUAUCUUGAGAAGCCGAGAGGAAGCCAGUCUAAAGUGUCCACUUUACCUUCCCAUUGGGUGCUUUUCUGAAGUUGUUGCUUAAUAAUUAUUCUGAGAGUCACGAUGGAAACAGAGACCUGAAAGCCCGAUCUGAGCCAGCACGAAUUCACACCUCAGAAAACCCCAGGGCUGCAGAAGUGUCCCUGUCCAAUGCAAUGGGAAUGGUCCUGUGGGUUGUCUUGGCUGCUCCCUACUGUGGCCAGAAUUCAGUGCCCACAUCCACCUAUGACAUGAGGUACCUCUCUCCUGCUUUGUGCCCUGCAUUUGGGAUGCUAGAAAGAGAUGAGGGUUGAGGGAGAAAAGAUCUGCCCUUCUAUGUAGGAUCAGCUCUCAAUUGGUGCUUACCACUAGUUACCAAAGAACAACAACAGUCAGCUGGGAAACCCAAGAAGCAAAUAUUAGGACCAAACCUGUCACUGUAUUUAAAGGAACUUUAGUUUGCUCAUCUUUCAACAUUUUUAUAAAGUGCUGUAAUUCAUGGGGUGGGGCAUAUGACAGAGACAGACUAACCCGUGUUUGUCAAUUGCAUUAAAAUUAUUUUGGGUCUCUGUUUAAUGAA